UUGCAGGUACGUAUCUUGAAUCCUCAAAAAGCGAGCCUUGAGAGCCGUCCAGCUCUGGAAACCGAAAGCAUCCACCUAAAACAACAUCAUUUUGAUAACAACACCAAAACCCAAAAUUCAAAACAAAAAACAACCAACGAACAAACAAACCCUCAAAAUCUCGAUCUCUCCGCCGUCACCGUCACCGCCACCGAGACCGCCACUCACGCAUCCAACGGCCACGGUCGUCGCGAUCACUCCACCGCCGUUAGAUCGUCGUUUCUUGGCAUUUCUGGGCCGAAUUUGGGUUGUUGUUCGAUGGCAGAAUUCGAAAAUAACGUGGAAUUCUCCGGCAAAUCCAAGCCUUCCUCCUCCUUGUUCUUCAACCGCUCGCUUACCUUGCGCGCGCCACUGAAACCCUACCUCCAGGCUGGUCUGGAACGAACUGCGUCCGGUCCGUUGAAGCGAUUCUACAACCCCAUGGAAUCGGUCCGGUCUGCCGGGAAUUCCAUCAAAGGUAAGGUCAAGCAGCUCUGCAGUAUCUUUGAGACCCCGAAAAGCCCCGAGGAACCGAAAUUCAAGCUCAAAGCGGCUCCGAAAUCGGUCGAAUCGGUUCCGGAUAUUUCCUCUACGAUCCGGUUAUCCGGCACGGAGGACCGGAUCGUGGUGUACUUAACGAGUUUGCGCGGGAUUCGGAGGACCUACGAGGACUGUUACGCGGUGCGGAUGAUAUUUCGGGGAUUUCGGGUGUGGGUCGACGAGCGGGACGUGUCGAUGGACUCGGCGUACCGGAGGGAGCUCCAGAGCGUGUUGGGAGAGAAGAAUGUGACUCUGCCGCAGGUCUUUGUGCGAGGGAAAUACCUGGGUGGCGCUGAAAUGAUCAAACAGCUAUUCGAAAUUGGCGAAAUGGGGAAAAUUCUUCAAGGGUUUCCGGUUCGGGAACCUGGGUUCGUCUGCGACAGCUGCGGCGAUGUGCGGUUCGUGCCGUGCACGAAUUGCGAUGGGAGUAGGAAGUUGUUUGAUGAGGAGGAAGACAGGGUGAAGAGGUGCUUGGAGUGCAAUGAGAACGGGUUGAUUCGGUGCCCGGAUUGCUGUUCUUGAAAUUGGUAUUUGUUAGAAUUGAAAAUUUGUUGUUUUUGUUGAUAAAUAAAUGCCUACAAAGUGUUUGAUGAAUUGUCUAUUUGAAUUCCAAAAGUGUAUUUUGGAUGAAAAGGGUUUGGGUCAUCGGUUAAGGGACUGAUGAUUGUUCAACUAAUCUCUUUGAACAGCAUUUUGGAUAAUAGUGUAUGUUAUUUCAAAGUGCCGGUUGGGAAAUGGGUUUUGGGUGUGUUUCUGAGUGUAUUUGAAAAUAGAGGGGAAAGGGUGUCUCCUCUUAUAUCCUAUUGUAAAUAUGUUAGUAGGAGUACUAUUUAAUUCAAGUUUGCAAAUGUUAUCCAAAGAUGUAUCGUAAUGAGAAUGGGUUCGUUUUUAUGCCCAA